AUGAUCAAGGCAUACCUCUGUGGUGAGCAGGACCAGUGGGACAAAAACUUAGGAUGUCUAGCUGCAGCCUACCGGUCGACACCCCAUGAAUCAACUGGCAUGACACCAAACCUUUUGAUGAUGGGAAGAGAAGUGAGACUCCCGUCAGAGCUGGUAUUCAGCAGGAACUCCAGCAGUGAAGAAACCACGUCGUAUGUUGACUACGUUGCAGCACUUAAAGAAAAGAUGCACCACGCCCACCAGGUGGCAAGGGAACAUUUAUCUGUAGCAACAAAGAGACAGAAAGAAAUGUAUGACAAAAGACAAUGUGUGCAUUCAUACGAGCCUGGAGACUUUAUAUGGUUUUUUGAAGAGUCAAGGAAACCUGGGAUUACACAUAACCUGGAGAUGUCUUACGAAGGCCCUUUUGUUGUAAAGCAGUCGCUGUCCAACGUCAACUUCAGAAUACAGUUGGAUCGCCAUGGAAAAGAAAAAGUAGUCAAUCACAACAAGUUGAAGCCGUAUGAGGGCACCAACGCACCAAAGUGGCUGCAAACUGAAAGAAGAAAACUCAAGAUGAAUAAGGAAUAA